AUGUCCGCAAUCACGAAGAACCUGCCCUGGUUCGUCAGAGACCUCGGCGUCACCGUCGUCGGUGAAAAAUGUUACGUGUCAUUAGUGGAAAACCUGCACCUUGAGGAUGUGGAGUGUCUCAAGUACUCGCUAUCCAAGGGCCUCGGAAUAGGUAUCGUAGUCGGAGGGUCUAUUAUGAAAAUCCCCCAGCUCUUGCUUAUCCUCAAUGCCCGCUCUGUUCGCGGUCUCUCUCUCCCUGCUUACGUUCUGGAGACACUUGCCUACGCCAUCACUCUCGCAUACUCAUAUCGCAAUGGGUUCCCCUUCUCCACAUAUGGCGAAAAUCUCUUCCUCACCCUCCAGAACGUCGUCAUCACGCUCCUCAUCGUGUAUUAUCAAGCCGCUUACACCCCACACCGCGCCCUCACCACGAGUCAUCCACGACCCACGACGCGCCUUGUCUCCCUCUCCCUCGCUACACUCAUUGCUGGUAUCGCCUUGAUCGCAGCACCUCCCGCUCUCCUCGCUCUCCUUCAGCUCGCCACGCUCCCGCUCUCCCUCUUCUCCAAGCUUCCUCAGAUCGCCCAGAACCACCGUGCGCGCAGCACAGGCCAGCUCUCCGCCUUCGCCGUGCUCGCCCAAGUCGGUGGCUGUGCCGCGCGCCUCUUCACUACCGCCACCGAAGUCGGCGACAUCGUCGUCUCCGCCGGCUUCGCGCUCGCCCUACUCCUCAACCUCGUCCUCGGCAUGCAGAUGUACGCGUACUGGGGCAAGGACCUCCCAUCAGAGGCGCCCAUACGCCAGCCCUUCGAGGAGAAGACAUUAGAGAAGCCGACGAGUCGCGUCGACAUCGUCGUGCCGCCACAGUCGCCCGCUGCCCAUCAGACCGCGCACCUCCAGCCUCAACCCGCGUCAUACGGAAGGAAGUGGGCCCGGAAGGUGGAUUGA